AUGAACGCCUACACCUCCUCUCCUACAACCUCCACAACCGCCUCCUCAAGCCAACAAUCCCCCGUCUCGUUGAGCAGUAGUAGCGGGGGUGUCGCGGCCCUGAACAAACUGGUCCCGCAGCCGCCCGCCACACAAAGGACUACAUCGAGCAGCACGGAGCCGUACCUCAGAGACUUUACGCUGGUCGCAGAGGCGGCGAAACGAGCACAGAUGGCGGUAUUGAUGAGGGAUUUCGAGGGGAUUGGCCUGUCAUAA